AGCGAUUGAGACCUGAACAAAUUAAUCGCCAUUCGGGGCUGAACUGAAAGUCAGGUUUGACCGAGUUUACACACUCUGCGCUUUAUUUUUUGUCGCUCUUUGCGAAGGUGGGCUUCUGCGGCGAAUUCCCAGUUCGCAAAUAAAUUAGUUUGCUACGUGAGCGACGCAAAUCUGAAGUGGGUCUGACAGCGGUUCGGUAGAAUUUUUAAAUAUUUAAGCGUGUGCAACUUAUCGAUUUGGGGACCGACUACAGAGUCCGCUAAUUGAAGUGGUUUUAGUGUGUGGCUGUGCCAUCAAUUAUCCGCAGCUCCAGAACGCUUUUUCCUGCUAAAAGCAUUUGCCGGGGGAUCCAAGUACAAAGCAGAGAUACACUCAAACAAAUUACAGAUAAGUCGGUGGUGGUAGGUAGUAACUAAUGAAGGCAAUCUGAAUGAAUUAAAGCAGGAUGAGGAAUUAAGCAUUUCAUACAAUGAGGUACAUAUAUAGUAUAGAAAGUAAUAAAGUGAUAUGGUAUUCAAGGCAAAAUGUAGAAAACACUCACUCUGGCUAAACUGCUGUUAUGUUUUAUAUCGGUGUAACAUUCACACAUUAGAGCUAAGUACUCACCAAAUUGUUAUGGCCAACACUCGCAUUUUUGCUCCUUUGACUGCACAGGACGACUCGUCCUGUUGCCGUCGAUGUCGUUAGUUCAAUUAGUUGGAAACAUGCCGCUGUCAGCGCCGCUGCACAAACUGCUCUGCGUGUGCCACAUUGUCAGCUACUUCGAUUACCAGAAGAAAGUGUGCCAAUUGCUGGGCUUGUACAACCUGCGAUACAAUGAGGACACCCAGAAGUUCGGCUUUGGGCAUCAGGUGUUCGUAUACUUCUAUUGUUUCUGGAGCCUGCUGUGUCUUCCGUUUUACCUAUUAUUUCUCCGUGGGUUUGUUAUCGAUCAAGGUAGCCUCUUUAUCUACCUCCUGCCCUGCCUCUAUUACAAAUACCUGCAGAGAUCUAUGCUCGGAACCUUGAAUGAGAUGGCAAAGGUUCACAGGAAGCUGCAAUUCACAAUGGGUACAAUGUUUUGUGUGUCCGUCAAGCGGGCAUUUUGCUGUUCCUGCCUGAUAGCCAUUGAACUGGUCCUCGUCAUCUACUGGCAAAUUGAGUCCUUACAGAUUGGCCUGCAACGUUUCUAUGUGCUUUCCGGCCUAUUGGGCUGGCAUCUGCAGCUUCUCCUCCUCGUUAACAGCUACAUUUGGCUGCAGUCCAUAUACGUAGUUAUGAAUCAGAUAUUCACUCAGAAUCAGUUUACGACUAAAGAGCGCUGGAAAAUGUUCAAGACUCUAAUGAAACUACACGGCAUACUACAGAACAUCCAACGAGAUAUAGCGCACUACUUCAGUGUGUACAUAUGUUCCGUAGUCGUUCUUUUGUCGGGCGUUUUCUACCGAGCUGUUUUUGAAGCUGGUUUCGAUUGGGACCAAAGUCGAUUGGUGCUGUUGAGAUUGGAGUUUUGGCACAUAAGAUACUUUGGAAAUCUAAUCCUCCUCAUUGGCACAUUUCUUUUGGUUGUUUGCGACUACAAAUCGGAGCGAGACAAAUUCCUGAAAGGUGUGUGGAACACCCAAGAUCUGCUCCAAAAAAUGUGGAGUAGCAUAAGUUCAAAUCGCUGUAAGCAAAUCCCAGAUGUUCUGGACUUGAUGAUCCUAACUGGAAAUAAAUUUCGUGGUAUGAUACGCACGACCGUCACUCUGUGGGAACUGAGGAUCAAACAGGACACUGUGCUCAUACUAGAGGCAGCUUUCUUCAUGAACUACUUCUUUCUGCUGAUGUUCAACGUUUGCCUAGUACCUAUUAUAGCUAUCGCGAACGGAUUCGAGAUAGGCUUGGAGCAUAGUCUUUUGAAUUUCACAUUCUUUGAAUCGGGUAUAAAUGACUCGGAUCUCAUAAGCUUAACUUUCGACAAUGUAACGAUGUAUUCCUAUGUCCUUAGCCAUGCGCUGGGAUAA